CCGAUGACAAACGCUUUUCUUUCCAUCUGCCUGCUGCCUGAGUUUUGCACCGUUUUGCUAGAAAUCUAUUUCAAUUGUGCUCCAAAUUAAUUAAACAUGAAUGAAGAGUUGAAAAAAGUUGUGGAGCAAAUGCUGAAGGAGAAAAACCUGGAUGCAACCCCAGAAACUCGCAGGAUUUUAGCUUACAAGCUGGGCGAUUUUAUUGAGAAUAUUGGUAAGGAGACGCGUCGCAAUGCCGAUUGCGCCCAGCGCGCCAAAGUGAGCUACUUUGAUUUGGAGGAAACUUUUCGCAAGCGAAAGAUUCUGGGCGAGGAACUUGAAAAAUUUGUAAAAGACGAUGAGGAAAAUGCCAUGGCACGGCCAGCUAACGAAAAUGUCUUGCCAUGGGACCCAAAAGGUAAUGUGGGAUGUGCCGUCAAGAGGCCCAUGGAGCUACUGCGCGGCGAAGAAGAUCCACCAAGACGCCCGCCCAACGUGCCCCCGUUUCUGCCGCCCAUUCCGCCCGCACAUACCUGGAAGAAAACGUAUAUGGUGCCCCCCAGACACGAUAAAACUUACGUCGAGGCGCGCGAAAUCAACGCUGAAAACCGUUUGCAAAUGACCAAAAAUCUGCAAAAUUUUCAAAAGCGCACUCGACCAACUGUCUCGUUGUUCGGGGAGGUGUCGUCCAGCGACAAGCGCUUCGAUUUGCUGGACAUAGAGCCGCCGAAGCGUCCGGCUUAUAUGGAUGCGCUAAUGGGGUGCGGCCAGUACUAUGGGACUGGGGAGGACGAAGACGACGAGAAGAUAUCGCCAGAGGCGGCAAAGUCGUUAUUUCUGAUGCCGCCGAAGCCGCCAAAGUCCCCCUUUUUGGCUGCUCCGAAGCCGCCAAUUUCCCCCUUUUUAAUGGCACCAAAGCCUCCAAUGUCCCCCUUUUUAGCUGCUGCGAAGCCUCCAAUGUCCCCCUUUUUGGCUGCUCCGAAGCCUCCAAUGUCCCCCUUUUUGGCUGAUGCAAAGCCUCCAAAUUCCGAAUUUUUAGCGGCUUUAAAAUCGCCAUUUUUAACGGCUCCGAAACCUCCAAAAUCGCAAUUUCUAGCGGCUCCAAAAUCGCAAUUUCCAGGGGCUCCAAAAUCGCUAUUUUUAACUGCUCCGAAGCCGCCAAAUUCGUCGCCAAAGCAGCCGAAGAAGUACCAAUAGAAUCAAUCCAAAUAAAUCAAUUAAAAUGCUUCCAAAUGGCAUAUACAAAUAAAUACAAUUAAUAUUGUGCCCAGA